AUAAAGAAAAAAAGGAAAAUCCAAAAAAAAAUGAUGAAUCUAUCCACAGUUAUAGCGUAUGGAUGCCGCUAUUGUACGCCGCCAAUAAAGCAACUCUUAAGCUACACUACCUUGCUCAAUCCUCACCAUCACCAUCUCCAAGCUCGCCCUCUCUCUUUUAACAAUCUCAACCUCCCUAACUUCAACCUUCUCCUCACGGGUAACUGUCUCUUCUUCAGGAUGGAGCGCUUUUGGAGCGGAAGUGGGAUCAACAAGAACAAACAAAUGGUCGAGCAUUUGCGGCGUUAUGGAGUGAUUUCAUCGAUGAAGGUUGCUGAAGUGAUGGAGACUAUCGAUAGGGGGUUAUUUGUACCAGAUGGGACAUCGGCUUAUGUUGAUAGUCCGAUGCCAAUAGGUUACAACGCCACCAUUUCCGCACCACAUAUGCAUGCUACCUGUCUUCAAUUAUUGGAGGAAAAUUUGCAGCCCGGCGUGCACGCUUUAGACGUUGGCUCAGGUCUCUUUGCAUUCCACAAUUUUUUUGAUACGAUCACGUAUUUUCCACACAUCUUCAGUUUCUUUCUUCUGUAUAACUCGGAUGGAAUGCUGGAAAGCCAAAUGUUUUUAUUUUGGUCUUGCAUCUGUACUGUAGGAACCGGAUACUUGACUGCUUGCUUUGCAUUGAUGGUUGGACCACAGGGUCGCGCUGUCGGUGUGGAACAUAUUCCCGAAUUGGUUGCUUCUUCCAUACAAACUAUCGAAAAAAGUGCUGCAGCACCAUUGUUGAAAGAAGGUUCUCUUUCACUGCAUGCCAGCGAUGGAAGACAAGGCUGGCCGGAAUGUGCACCAUAUGAUGCCAUACAUGUCGGGGCAGCAGCACCGGAAAUACCUCAGCCUCUCCUCGAUCAACUGAAGCCUGGUGGUCGAAUGGUAAUUCCUGUAGGAAACAUGUUCCAAGACUUGAAAGUGGUGGAUAAAAAUUUGGAUGGUUCGAUUAGUAUCCGAAGUGAGACGUCGGUCCGGUAUGUUCCGUUAACCAGUCGUGAUGCUCAGUUGAGGGGUUAUUGAGAUCGGAAACGUUCCUCUCUUAUGCAGCUUGUUUGAAAGUCGUUAGAUAUUGAGCACCUUAUUGUACAGAAUAUAUGGUCAGACAUUGCAUUUCCCAGACUUGCAUGGUGCAGCUAAAAUAGAUGAUUAAAUGGCCCUGUG